UUAUCGAAGUAUCGAAACAGCUGACUGUACGUUUGUUUAUUAUUGUUUAUCAAUUGGUUUAUCACUGAUAAGCGAAAUGACCAGCCACGAUAUCAAGCUGGAGGUCUGUGUGGACUCCAUACGGUCUGCUUUCGCCGCCGUUGCCGGCGGAGCUUCCCGCAUCGAACUCUGCUCGGCGCUGAGCGAAGGCGGCCUGACUCCCAGCGUUGGCACCCUGAAGACCCUCAAGGAGUCCAUCGCACUGCCCGUUUAUUGCAUGCUGAGGCCGCGCCGUGGAACUGACUUCGUCUACAGCGACGAGGAGAUGUGCGCCGUGCUGACCGACAUGGAUCUGCUGCGCCAGAACGGCGCGGACGGCUUUGUGUUCGGAUCACUUAAUCCGGAUCGCACCAUCAACGUGGACCAGUGCCGGCAUGUGAUGCUGCAGUCGGAGGGCCUCCCGGUGACCUUUCAUCGAGCCUUUGACCUCACCGAUCAGAAGCGAAUGCAGGAGAACGUCCAGCUGUUGCGGGAGCUGGGCUUCAAGCGGCUGCUGAGCAGCGGAUUCCGUCCCUCGGCAGCCGAAGGUCUCGAUAACCUGGCCCAGCUGAUAGCCAAGCACCACAGGGACUUCAUAGUUAUGCCCGGUGCCGGAAUCAAAGUGUCCAACCUGGAGGAGAUCCUCACGGUGAGCCGCUGCAUGGAGUUUCAUGCCUCCGCCAUGGACACGGCUGGCGAGGACUACGUGGCCCCCACCACCCAGAUGGAGUGCGAUGUGACCAUGGGCAAGCAAGACAUUGAUCCGUAUUACGGAACUAAUGCAAAUGUUGUCCGCAAAAUGGUAACUAUCGCAAGCGCAAUGAGCUGCCGCUGACGAUUCUAGUUCUUACGUACACCUAAGCCACACUUUUAUUCCUUGACUCUGACAGUAUAAGUAGUUUCUAGCCGUUGUUACCACUUAAAGUAGUCCUUUCCCAAAAAUUCCAAACAAAAUUAAUAAAACAAAAAAUAUA